CCUCUCCCUCUCUGUGCUCUCUAUCCUUUUAUCCCCACUCCCAGCUACUCUCAAUUCAGCAGAAAAAUAUUUCCUUUGGGUCUUUUCAAUUUACAUGCUCGAUUUGCCUCUUUCCAGCUAGUCUCUCUUGUCUCUUCCUUAUUGUUUCUUGUUUACUUCUAGCCUAGACUUCCCGACAUACUGGCGUGUGGGGUGCACGUUUGAAAUUUGCUUAAAUCACAUUAUUAUUAUCUUCACACACAUACAUCGCAUCGUUCGCACCAAUGUUCCAAAACAAGAGCUCGACGAUGUCGCUGCGUUCGCGCAUCCCGACCCGCCGGGCAGCAGCUGGCGCCGGCAACGAGAACAGACUUGCUGGCGGCAUGUCUGCGGCGCACGCUACAGGUAAGCACACCGAGGCGACCAAGGCGAGCUUGCGGCCCCGUGCGGCGUCAACAAUCGGCGCUGCAUCGGGAAAGAGCCUGCAUGCAGCUCAGGCCAAACCUCUCAACGGAAAACCGACGGCGAGUGGCGCGCUCGUUCGCUCGCGUAGCGCUCUUGGAGAAGUUAGCAGCAGUGCAAAGGCCCUUGAUAACACCACGACAAAGAUUGUGAAGCCUGGAGAAAUUGCUGCCCGCCUGCAUACCCUGCGCACAUCUACCCGGCUGGCUCGUCCCCGGACAGGUGGUGGCCCCAUGCGGCCCUCGACUGCUGCCCCGCGGCCCUCGUCGAUUGUGGGGGCGCGCCCAAUAAGCAAGCCUGUCGGAACAUCCAACUCGCGGCGGCUGCGCACCACCAGCUCAUCGUCACUUGAUGACGGACUGCCCAGCAAGCGGGUCAAGACUGAUGAGGCUACACGGAACCUGGUGCCAUCGGCGAGUUCUCUCUUGGGCAAGCAUGGUCGCAGUGGAGUGCGCACUACCGGUCAUCAUGUUGCAGCAGCGACCAAGUUGAUCGAGCGGGCACAUUCAGAGACAUAUGAGGAAAUUGAGGAGCUCGAGCUGGAGCCGGAGCGCGCGCGCAAAAUCGGUAACUACGGUCAGCAGUACCACCGCCGCACGUACUCGUCGGAUGCAGAGAUGGAGUCGGUGGCUACGACUGUUAACAGCAGCUCAGCGAGCCACUCGGAUGUGGAGACGUCCAGCGUCCAGAGCGCUGCGACCAAGACAGCCUCGCCGGCAGACGCUAUCGACUAUGCGCUGGUGCACACGGGUGAGCUGAACGAGCAGCCGAUAACAAUGGAGGAGAUCAAUGGGUUUGAGGCUGAUGUCGAUCCGCAUGACACCUCGCUGAUUCCCGAGUACGGCGACGACAUCUUCGGAUAUAUGCGCGAGCUCGAGGUCAAGCUGAUGCCCGACCCCAACUACAUGGACCGCCAGCACGCGCUGUCGUGGUCGAUGCGCUCGAUUCUCAUCGACUGGCUGGUGCAGGUGCACGAGCGCUUCAAUCUGCUGCCCGAGUCCCUCUGUCUGAGCAUCAACCUCAUCGACCGCUUCCUGUCUACCAAGGAGGUGACGGUCAACCGCCUGCAGCUGGUUGGCGCCGUGAGCCUUUUGCUGGCUGCCAAGUAUGAGGAGACGCGGGUGCCGAGCAUCUCCGACAUUAUAUUUAUGGUCGAGAAUACCUACUCGGCAGAUGAGAUUAAGAAGGCCGAGCGCUACCUUCUGCGCACCCUCAACUUUGACCUCGGAUGGCCUGGUCCUCUGUCGUACCUGCGGCGCAUCUCCAAGGCUAACGACUACGACGCGGCUACGCGCACUCUGGCCAAGUACCUGGUCGAGGUUACACUGAUUGACGAGCGGUUCAUCGGGGUCCCGUCUUCAAAGGUUGCCGCUGUUGCGCACUACCUGUCCAUGCGCUUCCUGGGCCAAACGGACUGGUCGCGGGCGCACUCCGAGCUGCUGCCGCUGGCGCAGAUCCUGUACAGCGAGCGGCGGUAUAUGCACGCGUCGUCGUUCGUGUACCAGUGGUUCACACUGCACGAGCCCGACACGCUGCUCGUGCCACUGAGGACUGACCUCAAGCCUUCGAAGCCCCAGCCUGGGGACAAGAAGUCCAAGUGAGGUCAUGCGCCCGGACACGCCGCAGCCCUAAAAAGGCAGCGACAGCCUCGCUUUGUAACUAUUCUUUUCUUUCUUUUGCUUCAAAAUUCCAUUCACUUUUAAAUCUC